UUUAUAAAUAAACAUCGAUGAGCCGGGUGCCGGCGGGCCCAACUCGCGGCGACCACCAAUUACGCAGUUGGCAGGGGAAGCUUAUGUCGCUGCGCCAGCAUCAUCGGACAGUCGAGAAUGGCGGGGGAGAAGAGCAAGAUCCUGAUCAUCGGCAGCACGGGGUACAUCGGAAAGUUCAUCACGACGGCGAGCGCACGGUCCGGUCACCCCACCUUCGCCCUUGUGAGAGACACCGCCCCCUCCGAUCCGGCCAAGGCGAAGCUCCUGGACGACUUCAAGGCCUCGGGCGUCACCCUCAUCCAAGGGGAUCUAUAUGAUCACGGGAGCUUGGUGAAGGCGAUAAAGCAAGUGGACGUGGUGAUCUCCACGGUGGGGUUCUUGCAAUUGGCCGAUCAGACCAAGAUCAUCGCCGCAAUAAAAGAAGCUGGAAACGUAAAGAGGUUCUUUCCAUCUGCGUUUGGGAAUGAUGUGGACUGUGUGCAUGCUGUGGGGCCAGCAAAAUCAGCAUUUGCCAUCAAGGCCCAGAUCAGACGUGCUAUUGAAGCAGAGGGAAUUCCUUACACCUGUGUUUCUUCCAACUUCUUUGCUGGUUACUUCCUCCUAUCACUUGGACAAGCUGAAAGGCCUGGUCUUCCUACAGACAAAGUUGUUAUCUUAGCAAUCUUUGUCAAUGAAGAUGACAUUGGCACAUUCAUCAUUAGAGCCGUGGAUGACCCAAGAACACUUAACAAGAUUCUGUAUAUUAGACCACCCACCAACACUUUAUCUCACAAUGAACCAGUCUUCCUGUGGGAGAAGCAGGCUGGCAAGACUUUUGACAAGGUAUACGUUCCUGAAGAAGGGUUCCUGAAGCAGAUCCAAAAAUCUUCCAUUCCGUUGAAUAUUACGCUGUCUAUCUGCCACUCUGUCUUCAUCAAGGGUGACCAUACAAACUUUCAGAUUAAGCCAUCAUUUGGUGUGGAGGCCACGGAUCUCUAUCCUGAUGUCAAAUACACUACUGUUGAUGAGUAUCCAAACCGGUUUCUCUGAAAGUACACUUCUUAAUUCCGCUAGUACCAGUUGAACUUCUUGUGUGUUUAUAUGCCUUUCUGAUGUUUUGGCUAUGCUUGCUUGAUAUUAAAGGAUUCCAUAAAUAGUGGGGAACCUGAUUUCUUUUUCCUCCUUAUUUCCUAAAAAUAAAGAUAU